AUGUGUACUGUUCGUUGGCUUUUACCUGUUGAUUUUCAAAUUAAACAUUAUCCAGCUAUAGCCGAAAUAGGUUCAACACUUCCUGUGGGUGCAUCUAUUUUUUAUACAAUUAUAUUUUAUUUAAUCUGGCAAAUAUUGUAUUAUACGUUUAUCGUUUAUGGACGUCGACAGAAAGUAGCUAGUGGAUCAAGAUUAACAUCGUAUACGUGGUUGUUAACCGAUAAACAUAGUUUUGUUUCACGUCUGAUUAAAAGAUUAGGUUUUGGAAGACUUGAUAGUGAAGUUAAUGGAUAUACAAUUUUCGUUUAUUAUUUUUUGCAAUUUUUAUACAUGCUUAUUUCAGUUUUUCCGGUUUUAUUAUGGUAUUAUCAAAACAUGUACAUCAAUGUCAUCUUUCUUUGCUUAAUGUUUAUGGUCAGUGUUUAUAAUGGUGCAUCGUUUUAUAUUGAUGUCUUCUCACGUCAAUAUAUAAAAAGUCUUGAAUUAUUAUAUAAUUGGGAUAAUUCCGAUGCCAGUAAUGAUGCAAAUGACAAUAAAAAGCAUUCUUAA